AUGUAUUGUUUCGAAGGAACGAGACAAGGGUGUAACAACAAAAUAUUUGAAAUUCCGUUCCAUUCUGAUGGUGAGCUAACUGAUUAUGAUCAUCGAUGUGGCAGUCGAACUACCAUUGAACAACAUGCAGCCUCAACAAUAGCAUUUGCUCCUAUUAAUCAACAAUUAACGGUGAAUGAUAGAACUGAUCAGAUAUCGAGGGCAACGUUGUUAAUAGAUGAAGUUUUGCAAUCUACAGGAAUUGAUGAUAGUAACAGCAGUAAUGAAAUACUAGGUCAGGAAAUCACUGAGUGUAAUUACUGGUUUCCUGCUUAUUCUGUGAAUCUCUAUCUUUCUUCUCAACGCCCGCAGCAAUCUAACUUGGAAGUUCAUGCUAAUCGACAUUUAACAAAAGAAAAACCAAAAGAAUAUACAUCAGCGCAGGCAUUAAAUCAACAAACAUCAUCAACAACUACACAUCAUUCAAGUGAUAUCACGCCUAUCAAUGAUACUAAUGAACAAAUAAAAAAUACAUCACGUCGUAUUGAAAAUACACAAGCUACAACAAAAAGAGACAUAAAAGCAUGA